GAAUGAAAAACACUACCAAGUCUCACCUCUUCAUGUGUUGUUUCCAUACCUCUGUGUAAACCCAAGAAAGGCAUCACCAUUGAACAACAAGAACACCCAGUUGGCCGCCACAAUAGUUCAACAACACGUUUACAUUGCCCUCAUUUCAAUCCCUUUAUUCAACUUUUCCCCACGUUGAUUGCAAUCAAUCCAUUUCUCAUCUGGGUCAAUCGCAAUUUUGCUCAUUCAGUACUGGGCCCUUGAGCUUUCAUCUGAUCCGGGUCUGCUUCAAAAUCACAAAUUUCCAAUCCCCGGGUGGUUUUUCAGCCAAUAAUCUGAUUCAGGAAAGCAUGGUUUCUCUGGCGAAUUCAGUGUUGUUUCCUGUGACUACAUCCAAUGGCAUUUCUCGGCCGGUUAGAUUACCAAAGGCGGUCAAUUUUUGUGGUUAUAAGCACAAGAGAGAGCCCAAAAACAUUGUCUGUGCUUGUAUGGCGCCUCCCCAGAAUUUGAGGAGUGAUGAAUCCUUUGCUGCUAAAUUCGAGGAUUCAUUUAAAUCAGAGGAUUUAACCACAGUAAGAGAGCCUGAGGAGGAUGACUCUGAUGUUCUGAUUGAGUGUAGAGAUGUCUACAAGUCAUUUGGUGAGAAGCAUAUAUUGAGAGGUUUAAGCUUCAAGAUUAGACAUGGCGAAGCAGUUGGAAUAAUUGGUCCUUCUGGCACUGGGAAAUCUACAAUUUUAAAAAUAAUGGCAGGGCUUCUUGCGCCUGACAAGGGAGAGGUAUACAUCCGAGGUCGAAAGAGAACUGGUUUGAUCAGCGACGAUGACUUAUCUGGUCUUCGAAUCGGAUUGGUCUUUCAGAGUGCUGCCCUUUUUGAUUCGUUGACUGUUCGUGAAAAUGUUGGUUUCCUUCUGUAUGAAAAUUCAAGCAUGCCCGAGGAACAAAUUUUGAAACUCGUGACUGCUAGCUUGGCUUCUGUUGGGUUAAAGGGAGUUGAGGAUCGAUUGCCUUCGGAGCUGUCUGGUGGAAUGAAGAAAAGAGUUGCAUUGGCUCGAUCUAUAAUUUGUGAUACAACAAAGGAAGCCAUAGAGCCAGAGGUGCUCUUGUAUGAUGAACCCACAGCUGGACUUGAUCCGAUUGCAUCUACCGUUGUAGAAGACCUCAUCCGCUCUGUCCAUACAGAAGGGCAGGCCACAUCAGUGAAGCCUGGGCAGAUUGCAUCUUAUGUUGUUGUAACUCACCAACACAGCACCAUCAAACGAGCCGUGGACAGGUUAUUGUUUAUGCAUGAGGGCAAGAUAGUAUGGCAAGGAAUGACUGACGAAUUCACAACUUCAACAAAUCCAAUCGUUCAACAGUUUGCAUCUGGGAGCUUGGAUGGACCAAUUAAAUACUAGAAGUUGUUGCUAAUGAUAAAAAGGGUCGUAUACAUAAACAACACAUGGUGAUUUGCUUGCUGCGUUCUAGUGAAGAGGACGUGAAUCUAUGCUAGAACUGGGUCAGCUGGUGCCUACACAUUCAGGCUCUCUGUGCCUCAUUUCUUAUAUAUUACAGCAUGGCAGUGCAUCGGAGCUGAUACAUACAAAUUUUAGUCACUAAAAGAAAUCAUGUUCGAUCUGAGUUUUUAGAGAGCCAUCAUCUUCUAUAUCACAUGGCGAGUUGAGGUCACAGUUUACUUCUUUUUACUACUAUUAACUUCUUCAGUGUUUGUACUUGCUAGUUUUAGUGUCUAAUUUAUUUAUGUGCC